GCUGGGGGGGCAGGGCUGUACCCCUUGUGUCCCCCUCGGGCCGGGGGAGGCAGGGCUGUCCCUCUCUGUGUCCCCACAGGGGACUGGCAGUGUCCCUGGGCCGGGGGAGGCAGGGCUGUCCCUCUCUGUGUCCCCCCAGAGGACUGGCAGUGUCCCCUCCCAGCUAGGGGGGCAGGGCUGUACCCCUUGUGUCCCCACAGGGGACUGGCAGUGUCCCCCCCUGGCUGGGGGAGGCAGGGCUGUCCCUCUCUGUCCCCACAGGGGACUGGCAGUGUCCCCUCCCAGCUGGGGGGGCAGGGCUGUACCCCUUGUGUCCCCACAGGGGACUGGCGGUGUCCCUGGGCUGGAGGGGGGCAGGGCUGUCCCUCUCUGUGCCCCCCCUCGGGGGUCCCCGUGUGUCCCCUGGCUGUGUCUGUGUCUGGGGCGGGGGUUUGUCCCCAAGGGACCGUGCAGAGUGGCUCCUGGCUGGGGACAGAGGGGACAGGGGGGUCCCAGGCAAGGCCUGGCUCUGCAGAUCCCCCCGCGGGGUCCCUGGGGUUCCUCAGCCCUGACCCCCCGCCCCAGACGACAAACAGGUGCUGCAGAACCUGAAGCGGAUCCUGGCCAAGGUGCAGGAGAUGCGGGACCAGCGGAUGUCCCUGGAGCAGCAGCUGCGGGAGAUGAUCCAGAAGGACGACAUCACCACCUCGCUGGUCACCACCGACCGCUCCGAGAUGAAGAAGCUCUUUGAGGAGCAGCUCAAGAAGUACGACCAGCUCAAGGUGUACCUGGAGCAGAACCUGGCUGCCCAGGAGAACGUGCUCAAGGCCCUGACCGACGCCAACGUCAAAUACGCGGCCGUGCGCAAGGCCCUGGCCGAGGUGGAGCACAAGUGAGUGAGGAGGGCCCGGGAGCAGCC